CCACGUAACCAAUCUCAUCCCCUUUUUUUUUCUUUCUCUUUCCUUCUUCCUACGCAAUUCAUUAUUAUUUUCUUCUUCUCUCAAACUUCACGCAAACCAAUUCCUUCGACGCAACCCCAACCCCAAUCCCUUUUUCCGUUAACACACAAAACACCGCAAAACCGUAUAGCGUCUUUCUGUUCCUGAAUCGCCCAUUUAACCUACCACGUUCUCAUCAAAUUAAAUUCAAAAUUAGAUCUUUUUCUCAGGUUGUAUAAUUUUCACGAAGGAAGAAAGAAAGAAAAAGGGGGAUCAUGACGAGGAGAGAGCAUCAAGAUCAACAAUCCCGUGUUCUGUGCGAGCUGUCGGCCCUAGUUUUCAGCCUCCUGAGGAACCCGCUGCCAGGCCACCUGGCCCUCCCUGACGGUGGUCCGGCAUCGGUGGUGCCUGUGCCGCCCUCUGCAUCGGCGUAUAGGAGGGCCCCAGAGAUAACGCCGGCGGGAUUCGCGUCGCUUUUGCUGGGGAUAUCGGUGGCGCUGAUGCUGUGCGGAUCGGUGACGUUCUUGAUAGGGUUCAUGCUGAUGCCUUGGGUUCUUGGCUUGGUUAUGGUGUUCUACGUUGCCGGCAUCGUUUCCACGCUUUCCCUUCUAGGCCGUUCUCUUCUUUGUUUUCUAACGCCUCGCAAGGAUGUUCCUGAGUGGAAACUUUUGUGAAGCGUUAAAACAAUGGAGUUGAGCACUAGAAUGCUCUGCUCUGUGUGCAUGAGCUGCUCAUGCAAUGCAACCAAUAGAAGAAUGAAUGAAGAUCACUGUGCUUCUCCUCUUAUUAGUUAUAUUAGAAGCAGGGAUCGUGGGAUAAACUCCUUUUGUUUAAGUUAUCAAAAUCUGUGGAUAUUGCUUCUCUUUUGAUUUUACAAAAUAGCAAAGCAAAAUUCAACACUAAGAAUUCUGGAGCUCUUGCUAGCUUCUUUCUUCUGUUAUCAUUUUUUUUCCUCACUGUUAUAAGUUUAUGACAUUUGUAAAUUUCAAAUAUAUAGGCUUUUCAGUUUCCCCUUUUUUUUUCAA